UGCAUAUGGCACGGAAAAGCACUUUUGUUUGUACGUGAAUUAAUGUGUGACUUUCUCUCAGACGACUUCUCCAGUGGUACCGCAACCGCAGGCAAAACUGUUUCAGUACUAUUUUCGUGUUCGUUCAUGUCGGAUGAUUAACGAAUCUCAAGCAAUGAUCAAAUCGUCUACAAUCGAAUCUCUCCUCGUGGAUCACAAUCUUGAGCAAGGGAAAACGCAUCCACUAGAUUUUCCCCUGAAAAAUGAUGUUCUGCAAACCAAUCGGGAUUGCCAGAGUAGCCGUUCCAGCUGGAAAACACCUCGAACAUUGCUCAGACUGGGACAGAUCGCCACAUCAAUCGUGAUUAUUGUGCUCACUAUAUCAUAUCCUCAACCAACAACUCGGUCAUUAAUUCAUUUGGCGCUCAGUGCACUGAUAGGGACGUUGAUUUUGCUAGGUGACUCGGUAAUUGAGGCUCAUCCGCUUCGCCGAGGCUUCACUCCGGUUUUAUGGUUUAAGGUGGAACUUUGGUACACUGCAAUGGUGGCAGUUGCAUUUCAUGCGCUGACGAUCGUCCUAUUGGUUGAUGGCAUUCGCUGGGAUAGAUUCAACGUCUAUCAUUUGAUGGUUGCCUUCGGUUUGGUCAAUGAGGUGAUGUAUCUUGCUGAUUGGUGGACAAAUUUCAACAAUCUUCAGGAAAUCUUCAAUAACUUAAAUAAAGAACAACAUAAUGCAGUCCAGCAGGAAGCGAUCAACUAGAGUGCUAGUAUUUAAUUUUUAUAUAUAUUUUUAUCUACUACAUAUAAUUUGUUGCAUACGCUGUAACAGUUUAUAAUGCUAACUGUGUGCAGCGAUGUAUUGAUAUUUAGAAUGUUAAGUUGAUAACAAAUAUUUGAUGAAAUAAAGCCAGAAUGAUCUUUUGGAAGCACUCAGAA